UAUACUUUUUUAAUUUAAGAGCUCAACUUUUAUCUCAUUUAAAUUUCAUUUUUAUUAUUUUAGUAGCCUGUAGAAUGUAGUGGGGGCUGCUGAUGGUUGUUUGUUUUUUUAAUUCUGGGUAUAGGUAGCAUAUCACUGUAGGUAGGCAAGAAUGGAGGAAGGGUAAUUCCCUUGAAGUAAGGGAAGUCAUAAAUCAUUGUGUAAUAUUUUGCUUAUCUCUAUUGAGAAGAAAAGUUUUUUGUCUGUUAGUGGUAUUUCUUUAUGCUUACUUACCCUGAUAAAAUAAUUACAUUCAUCAUCGUCUCGAAAAGUGCAUCAAAGGCAGCUAUGUGCCAUACCUAAAGAUGGCAGACCUCUUGGAAGUGCAAACAAUGGAGGACGAGGCAAACCAAGUGCAACCCCCGAAUGAAAUGCAGGUGCCGAACUCCGACAGCAAUUACGUGUGGCACGUCACCGACAUGAAUCGACUGCACCGCUUCUUGUGCUUCGGUUCAGAAGGUGGUUCUUACUGCGUCAAGGAGCAGAGGCUGGGCUUUGAAAAUGCAGCAGCUUUAAUGAGACUGAUUGAGGAAGGCAGAGGUUGUGAAGUUGUUCAGGAAAUUGAGACAUUCAGUCAAGAAGGCAGAACAGCCAGACAAGAGCCCCUGCUUUUUGCGCUUGCGAUCUGUUCACAGUGUUCUGAUGCAAAAACAAAACAAGCAGCGUUUAAAGCUGUUCCUGAGGUGUGCUGCAUACCAACUCAUCUUUUUACUUUCAUCCAGUUUAAAAAAGAUUUGAAGGAGGGUAUGAAGUGUGGCAUGUGGGGCCGUGCACUGAGAAAAGCUGUGGCAGAUUGGUACAAUGGAAAGAAUGGCAUGGCUGUUGCGUUAGCAGUUACAAAAUAUAAACAGAGAAGUGGUUGGUCUCAUAAAGAUCUUCUGAGAUUGUCCCACCUGAAACCUGCCAGCGAAGGUGUAGCUAUUGUCACUAAAUACAUCACCAAAGGGUGGAAAGAUGUCCAAGAAGCUUACAAAGACAAAGCAGUUUCUGCUGAGACUGAAAAGCUUUUAAAAUACCUGGAGGCUGUGGACAGAGUGAAACACACAAAAGAUGAAUUGGAGGUUAUUCAUUUAAUAGAGGAAUAUGGUCUUGUUAGGGAACAUCUAUUGACAAACCAUCUGAAAUCUAAAGAGGUUUGGAAGGCGUUGCUGAAGGACAUGCCCAUUUCUGUGUUGUUGAGAAAUCUAGGGAAGAUGACUGCAAAUUCAGUCCUUGAACCACGGGGCUCAGAAGUGGCAAUAGUAUGUGAAAGACUGCGAAAUGAGAAACUGCUAAAAAAGGGUAGAAUACAUCCAUUCCAUGUAUUGGUUGCAUUAGAAACCUAUAAAUCUGGACAUGGAAGCAGAGGGAAGCUUUGGUGGCGUCCUGAUGAAGACAUUUUAGAAGCUUUAGAUGCUUCAUUCUACAAAACUUUUGAGACACUUGAACCAACAGGAAAACGUUUCUUAAUUGCAGUUGAUGUCAGUGCAUCAAUGACUCAAAAAGUUUUGGGCAGUGUGCUGAAUGCUAACACAGUUGCGGCAGCAAUGUGUAUGGCUGUAGCACGUGUUGAGAAGGAUUCACAUGUUGUUGCCUUUUCGCAUGAAAUGGUCCCUUGUCCUGUGACAGCUGAUAUGAUGUUACCUCAAGUAUUAGUGAAAAUGUAUGAAAUUCCAAUGGGUACCACUGAUUGUUCCCUUCCAAUGAUAUGGGCUCAGAAAACACAGACAGCUGCUGAUGUCUUCAUUGUAUUUACUGAUAACGAGACUUUUGCUGGAAAUACUCAUCCUGCAACAGCUCUUAGAGAGUACAGGGAGAAAAUGGGCAUUCCUGCUAAAUUGAUUGUAUGCGGAAUGACAUCAAAUGGUUUUACGAUCGCCGAUCCAGAUGACAGAGGCAUGUUGGAUAUAUGUGGUUUUGAUGCUGGAGCUCUGGAUGUUAUUCGAAACUUCAUUUUGGAUUUGAUUUAAUUUUCUAGGCAUCUGUUCUUCCCUGUGGGUCCAUUGCUGGCAACAGACUUAACCCUGGGAACCCCUGGCCAAAUGUACUUUAUUAGAAUAUGGCACAUAAUAUACAUAUCAAAAAUGUUACCUUUUUGUGAGGGGAAAGCAAGAAAAGCAGAUGAUAAAUCACUUUUCUCCUUUUUCCUGUUGUGCACAAAUUAAAAUAACGGUGGGAAGUUUGCUAAAAGUUACGGGGUUACACAACAUGUAAUUUAAUUUCAUUUAUAAUAGAUCAUGAACACAGAGAUGUUUUCCCCCCACUGCUGCGUGAUGGUUGUUUACAAGAAUAAAUUGAUGAAUUAUUCCUAGGAUGGGGCAGGAAAGAAAAGUGGUUUUAGCUUUUUAAUAAUGUCAGUUUAGCAGCAGGUUAGUUGAGUGUGUUUUUUUUUUUUUUUUUUUUUCUUUGGGCCUUUUUAAAAUUUAGGUAUUUUUAGCAAAUUCCUAAGCUUCAACAGUUUCCAUUGUCAUACUUUGGGUCUACAAAAACCCAUUUUCUGGCACAGGUAAGACCGCGCAACUGUGAAGUAUAAACGUUACCCAGUGAAAUUUCACACUGAUAAACCUGAAAGGGGAAGAGCUCAUGCUAAAUCUUCUAGCAGGGAUAUCUGGAUUUCUAGGAAAAAAAAAAAGUUCUUAGAGAGGAGAAAUUUCUGCAGUUUCAGAAGCACUGUGUUAGAGUUUGUGUGCUUCAGAGAAAAUUUUACAGAUUUGCUAGGCCUAGAAAUGUCUGGGAAACCACAUUCAGAGCUUGCUGUGACUUCAGGCAGCAGCAGCAUGCUUUUCAGCGAGGAAGAUCAGCAAGUGCAUGCAUCUUAGCCUACUCUUGAAAGCUGAAUGGCAACAACCAGAAACAAAUAACCAUGUUUUCUUCAAAAGAAUGUAUUCAAUGACACGUAAAUAAUCUUCUUGAUGCAAAUACUUCAUUUUUACAGUCUUUUUGUAGAUGAACACUACUUCUGAUUUCUUUAAUUUAAUCUAAUGCUUUUCAAAACUACCUCCAGUUUAUAGUGACCAAUUCUUAAUAGCUUUUAUGAAAUAUACAGUUGCCUCGUUCUCAAAAUCUUGUUUAGGAAGUGACUGAAACUAGAUUUUUUCUUUUUUUCAUUCUGAUAGUAAGAGUGUGAGGAAAGAAGGAAAAAGCUAGUGAAUAUCUUACCACUUAAGAGCAGGGACUGAUAACAACUUGUGUGUAUAUGUAUUUAAAAUGCUGUGUAUGUGUUUAUAGAUGUGUGUGUGGGGGGGAAGUUAGAAGAUCUCUUUAGGAGAUCGCGAUCUUAGAGUUUUUUUCAUUGAUGGUUUUAUCACUUCUCAUCAGACAUUUUAUGUCGGCCUCUUUUGUGAUAAUUCUAUUUUAAACAGUGAAUUUGGUGUUAAUUUGAAAAUAAGUAUGGUUUAUAAAAAUAACCCAACUGUGGUAAAUGACAUGUAAGACCACAUUUUUCUGCCUAAAAAAGCAAGCUUUUAACUGUAAAAUUCAAGCUCAUAUUAUACUUCUGAUACCUCUAAUUAUGCCUCCUACAUAUUGACUAUAAAUCCAAAGCUGCGGUUCUGUAGGAUGGAUAUCUAUUUGGUGCUAUCUAAAAUGAGAUUACAUGUUUCUGAAGGUAUUCUGCUACAGACUUAUACUCUACCUUAACAAAUGAAAAUGGUAAGGGAGUCCUUUUCUGACACUAAGAAACAACAGAAUUGUUUUAAAUCCAUGUCUUAAAGAGCGGAUGGUAGGUGCAUUAGUUUUCAGGGAACAUGAAUCAAGUUACUUCUGGAUUUUCACUGCUAUUACGAUGCAGCUCUGUUAGAAUGCUUGAAGAACACUUUGCUAGCACCAGCUGGUCAGGUAACACACAGAAACAAACAAGUAUUCCUACAAAAAACUAACAAAAUAACACUUUGAGUUUGGAGAAAAAAAAAUUGGUCUUUUCCUGUGGAAAAACUUCCUACCAACUGUAGUCUCCUUGCUGAAUAAACAUAAUAAAUACAGGGAAUGAACAUACUUACAUGUUAAUUAUUUCAAGUAAAUGCACUGGUUUGGGAAAUAUUUUUGGUAGUAGUGUGUUUGAAAUGAGACAAUAGUCAAACAACUGAUCAGAUGUUUCCUGUUAAGCUAGAGGUGUUGAAAAUAACUGAUGGCUAAGUAUCUGUUGCAAGUACUUUUUCUUAUUUGAAGUAGUAUUUGUGAAGUAAUAGGAAAUGUGUUGGACUAAAUAUGGAAUGAGAAACUUGAACUGGUAUUUCAAGUAACUUUUGGCAGUUAACUGCAUAAAUAUACUGCAGGUAAAACAUUAGUUAUUAACAGUGACUGAAAUUACAGUAGCAUUGCAAUGUUGAAAGUGGUUCCAGUUUAAAAUACGAUUCCUUGAAGUACAGGGAAGGUGAAUUUUUCAGUAGGACUUAUAGAAAAUGUAGCUCUCUAUCUGUUGAUGCUAGAUAUAGUUAUCUGUGCUGGAGUACAUAAUAUGCCCCUAAAUAUUUUCCUUAACUCCAUAUUGAAAAAUGUUGUUAGAAUAUUUUAUGCGGUGGCUGUCCAAUGUAAAGCUAACACUGUUGAGAUCCUGUUGUCAUCUGCUCCCCCUUUAAAGUUUGCACAGAGGGAGAACCAAAGUGUUUCAGCUGUCAGCUUACUUUGUGGUGUGCUGACCCCUGUUCCUGCUGUCUUCUUUCUGGGGUUGUUACUGUCUUGUGUUAAGUGGCAUAAGAAUGAUGCUGCAUUUUUCUUUUCCAUAGGAAAAAGUUAAUGGGUUUUUUAUCUGCCUGCAUGCUGGAUUUCAGGAGGACAGUAUGACUUAUGUGCUAUAAUACACAUUUCUCCUAUAAACUGGUAAUUCCUAAAAUGGUACCUGAACACGUGAAGGGGCAGCAAUUGUGAUGUGUAAUAUAAUGUGCUCUGAUUCUUUUUAAACAAGACCUGAGACAAAAUUGUUAAAUUUAGGUGAUAAUUCAAUACACCAUCACUAACCUGCCCUUUCACUAAAGAGGAGACAUGACUUUCUCAAUUUGAUAGUAUCUUUUGCAUUGGAGGAACGCUUGGACUAAUAAAGCAAAUGGGGCUGUAAUUGUGCUCUGCAGUUUACCUGUAAAAUAGAACAGGAAAGAAUUUAAAAAUGGUGAAGUUUAGAAUAAACACUUAAAGUCUAAAAGUGCAGCUGGGCGAAUGCAGGUUUCCUGAUACAUGUCACCAUUAAUAGGCUUUCAGUUUGACUGUCAUUUCAGUGAGAUUCCCUAAUAAUUCUUAGUCUAAGACAUAAUAAUCUAAUAAUAUUCAGGCACUUUACCGUUAAGGAAAGGAUCUAAUGGUUGGCAGCACAGCUGAAGUAAAAUGUUCAUCUAUAAUGAAGAGCUGUAAGCGGUGGACAUCAGAGGGGCAGGCUUUUUCACUGCAGUGAUACACUUAAGAAUAUGGAAGGCUUCUAAAUAUAAUACAAUGAGUCACCAUUGCGUAAUGAAUCAAGACAGUUGUGAUUUUGACAAGAACUAAGAUUCUGUGCCAGGAAUUGUAUAGCAAGAGAGAGCAGGGUUUGGGAUGCUUGUAGAACUUAAUUACACAGGGGCUUAAUUUGCAGUUUUCUGCGCUUGAAGAAGUCUAAAGGUCAGUCUAGAAUAGAUACAAAGUUAGUGAGGCUGGUUUAACUGCCCAGUAUGCAAUGGCUGCUAACAACUGGCUGUAAAGUAACUUGCUGCUUUAAACCACAGUUCAAUAAUUGUGGGAGCAGGAUGUUGAGAGGCUAUCCGAUAGAGUGUGUGUUCUUGGCUAAAGAAGAACACCAGUCAUUUUGGAAAUGUAUUUUAACAAUGGCUCCAACUGAAAAAACACUAGGAAAAUAUUUUUCUCCAUUGGAAGAUACUGUUCUUCUUAAUCGUGUACCUAACUUGUAGCUUUCAUACCAGAAGCACUACUGUUGGUUCCACUGAUGUUUGGCUUUGGUAUUACCAUAUUUUCCCAUGUCCUGCUUUUCUCUACUCAUGUUGGCUUUUUUUUCCCCAUCAUUCCAAUCACUGAGUGAACUUUAGUUUAUACUUGAAUCUCUCUUUGCUCCAUGCUCUCCUCCUCUGUUCUGUUGCCUGUGUUCUGCCUUUAUGCCAUUGUUGAGCAUGAUAGCUUAGCUAAGCAACUUAUUCCACAACUGAUGUCAUAGUACUUAAUUUUAAAAGCAGGACAACUUUAUUUACCUUUCUUUGGUUAUAUAAUUCUCUAAUAGAGUAUUUAAUUUGCUGUAUUUGUCAGAUCUUUGGUUUUAAAAGUUGCAUAAAUUACAAAAGUGUCUUUAUUCUUUUAAAAAUCCAGCCUCUGCUGUUGCAAUUAAAUGGUACUGUUUUCACAGAAUAAUUUAAAAACGGCUUCUCAAAUGUAAAUCUUCUUUUCAGAAUUAGUUUGUUGGGUCAGAGCUUUCCAUUCCCUUUAAUGUUGUCAAGUUGCUGUUACAUGCAGAACAAGAAAAACAUAUGAAUGAAUCCUCUAGAUGAAUGGGCAGCUUCUCUGCAAUAUUGAAAACAUUUGAAGAAUAGAAUGCAUAGAAAUAAAGCAGAGCACAAGUCACUCAUCUUGCUCACACUUUGUCUUGUUUGUUAAGCAUUUUGCCAGUUUGUAAGUUUGUUUAGCUGCUUGCAGUGGUUCACAGAGUACAGAUAGGUUUUGAGUAACUUUUUCCAAUGGCUAUUUUGCUGAAAUGAUAGAUUUCAUUGCACCACAACACAGUACAGUGUACAAUGCUGCCAAGGAAGACUUAAGGGGGAAAUGUAAAACAAGGCUGUAUGCUGCUCUGAGCUAAGACUUUAACUUAAGCAGAAAGUAUGAUGUCUUUAAGUUAAUGUGCUUAAAGUUGGAUUGAUGAUUUUGAUACUGUCAAGUGUGGUUUCUCUGGGUAUUUCUGCAUUCUAAAUCUAUAUAUUUGCAUAUGUGUACAUGGUAUGUUGGGACCUUCACAAAUGCUUUGUUAACAAAUAAUGAAUGGAGAUAGCUGUUUUCCUGAUGAUACCAGUUUUUUUUUGUUAAGUGCAACUAAUUGCAAAGAAAUGUCUGUUCCAUUAUGUUCUCAACUAGAAGUGUAGUUCUACUCUUGAGGAAGAAUCCUGUGGAAGAAAUGUGGAAGAGCAGAUGAGUGCAUUCACAGUUCUGUCUGCUUUGUGAAAUAACUAAGUUUGCUUCCAGCUUCUUAGGAGCGUGGUAUUUGAGCUGGAUGAGUGCUUAUCUUAAGUAUAAUUCCUAUUACAGAGGAUUUUAGGGGGUAAUUUUGAACAUUCAGAUCCUAAGGAGAGAAUUAUGGUAAGAUAAACAGCUUUUGUUCUAGAGAUGAUUUUCUAUUUUUUUUUUUUUUAAAGCAACAGUUUUAAUGAUUGGCUUUGAAUGCCUCCUUCCCCCCCUUUUUUUUUCCCCCAGAGUAGAACCACACUUCAGCUGCCAUAUCAUGUUUAAACAACUUAAACGUAACGUGGUGGCUUUCUGCUAUCUGGUAACGAAGCCACCGUCUUGCUGCUACUUUCUAUGGAAUUACACAAAAUUAACAAGAAAAUAUUUGGAUGGGGAGCCUUAAUGCAGUUGAAAAGAAGCAUAAUUAACCCUUUGAUUGCCUUAAGAACAUGAUUUUCUGUAAUAAAUUGGCACUUGUUGGACUGUGCAGGCAAACAGCAUGCUUUCUCAACCAUUGGAGCGGAAUAUUGCCUUAAGUGACAAUGCCCUGAGACUUCUGAAAUUUAGAACUCGAAGGGUUAUUUUAAACUAUUGUUUGGGGGCUUUUUCUAACAGGGAACAAAAUGAAAAAUUUCUUUGCAUACCGUGAGUACUUACAUUAUGGAUUUGCAGGCUUUCCAGGUGCACAGUUAUUAACCUUGUCAGAAGAUAUAACUGGCCUAAGAAUGAUGGGCAAAGAAUACUUUGAUACCAGCAUAUGUGCAAAAUAAAUUCUUCUAUUAAGUAUAAAUUUAGGGAGAGAUGCACACUUGUUUGUUUAACUUAAUGAGUGUCGUUGUCAAGAAUUAAGACUGAUGAAAUUAGAAAAAAUAAGUAGUAAAUUGCAAUGGUGAAAACACGAGGUCAGUGUGUUAUCUCUAAUUACAUGAAUUAAAGAUGCACAGUGCAGACCAGCUGCAUACUGAACACUUUCUACAAAUAAUAUUAUUUAAAUUUAUUUCAAACCUGCAUCCCAAAAAGGAAGCUGUCAAAUUCAGAUGAUAGUCUUGCAAUCCUAGUUAGCUAAAGAUCAGUGUAGAGCUUUUGUUAUCUUGAGGAGGGAUUGAAUAGAAAUCCUUGACUAGCAUUUUUAGUCUAAACUGUGCAUCUUUAGUACUGUAAUGGUCUCUUACUAAAGAAAGAAGUUUUUACUACUGACAUAUGAGCUUUCUUGAAAUAACCAAGUCUUGGCAUUGGUUGGUCUGGCUUUGGAUGUACAUUUUACUGAAACUAUUGAAUUUAGGUUUUUUUAGACAUUUAACUGCAAGUUAAUACUGCUAGUAAAUUGCAUUUUUGACUGUAGAAUAUAAAUACUAAAUAAACUCUAUGCAUAUUGGA